AUGAUAGGCUUGGAGCUCAUGCCUUGGGAGAACUUCACAGCCGGUUCGAUCAUAUAUCUGAGUAGAGGAGAGGAAGUCCCGGCUGACAUACUGCUCGUUGCCUCUAGCAAUGCAGACGGAAUGGUUUACGUGGAGACGAGCCAGCUCGAUGGGGAGUCGGCAUUGAAAGUGAAACAAGCUCUCCCUGAGGCACGGCGAAUGUUCCGCUCUCUCUCAUUGGUUUCCGAGUGUGUCGGGUCAAUGACAUGUGAUGCCCCAAAUGCUUUCACCAAUGAGUUCAACGGACUCUUUCGCCUCAGAGGAGGGCUGAGAGAACCUGCUGAUGCUAAGAACCUAGUACUCCGCGGAUCGUCAAUCCGGAAUACGGCGUGGUGUUGCGGCGUCGUCGUUUAUGUGGGAAGGGACACUAAGUUAGCCAUGAACAUGACCGCGAACGCGCCCGUUAAGAGGUCCAAGGUGGAGCAUCAGAUAAACCAAUACCUUGGCUUCGUCCUCGGUCUUAUGCUGGCAUUAUCUUCGGGAUUAACAGCAGCCUUCGGUCGCGCAACCGAAUCGAGAGAGAAAUUCGAGCUAUUCGUAGGAAUGCACUCGCAGACUAUUACUUGGGGACACCAAUUCCUUACAUUCCUGAUCCUAUUCAACAACAUGGUUCCAAUUUCUCUCUACGUUACCUUAGAUAUCGUCAGAUCAAUACAGGCAUACCUUAUCCAGCGAGAUCCCUAUAUGAAGGAAGGCCAGCACUCGAUCAUCGUAGGCGCAUCAGGCCUUAACGAUGAUCUUGGUCGGGUGGACUAUGUUCUGGUUGAUAAGACCGGAACCUUGACAGAGAAUCGAAUGUUGUUUAGAGCGUGCAGCAUCGGCGGUAUAAGAUACGGGAGUACUGAGAUGGCAAACAUCAGUGACAGCCUCGAGUCGAACAUGCUGUAUACUCUGCGGAGCAGUGAGAUGCUCCCGAGCACAGAGAAGAACUGCCUACGUGAUGAAGCGUUACUCGAAUAUCUGGGAGUCUCGGUAAUUACAAGGCCCCAAGACGCCUUCGUCCAUCUGUUCAUGCUGACGUGCGCGAUAUGUAAUACCGUUAUCGCCGAGACGUCGACUAAAUCACCGAUCGGAGUCCGUUUCCAAGGCGCUAGCCCGGAUGAGGAGGCCUUGGUUGAAAUGGCUGCGAGCUCGGGCUACAUCCUCACGGACCGAAGCUCGGAUCUCGUGUCACUUAGAAUAUUACAGUCCAGUCCCGCAGGAAAGGAGCGACAAUGGGAGGAUACCACAUUCAAAAUUCUCGGUGUCAACGAGUUCACCAGCGAACGCAAGCGCAUGAGUAUUCUCGUCCAAAUCAUGAAGACCAUUGAAACUGAUGAAGGGGACGUCGCCUAUAUCCCUGAUGGUCGCGGGUCUAUGCUAUUGGUGAAGGGUGCAGACGACGUGAUGGCUGAACUCUGCCAGAGAGAUGUUGGAGAGGCCUCAACUAUCGCCUUAUGUGGGGUCCCUGUCCGGGAUGUUCGAGAGGAAACGGUUUUUGAUAUCAAUGAAUUCGCAUCGGCUGGCCUUCGAACACUCAUGCUAGCGGUGCGAUACCUUGAUGAAGUCGAGACCUCAGAGUAUCUUGGAGCCCUGAAUGAAGCUAGGCACUCCAUAACGAAUCGAGCUGAUCGUUUCGCUCGAGUAGCCGAGAAGUUCGAGACGGGCCUCAUCGUUCUCGGGGCCACUGCUGUAGAAGACACGAUACAAUAUGGCGUCGAAUCAACGGUCUUCCGAUUGCUGAAUGCAGGUGUCAAGGUUUGGAUGCUCACGGGGGAUCGGUUCGAGACGUCUCUGAACAUAGCUCGAGCAGUUGAGCUUUUGCCUCGUGAUGGGAUUGUGUCGGAUCUCUGCCUUCAUGCAGAGACUAAGUUUAAUAAAGGAGAGGCGGAUGCCUUCGUACUUGAAAAACAGAAGACCUUCGAUGAAGACUACCUACAAUGGAUGGCCAAUGGAAAAAUGAACUCUCUGUGCGUCGUCUUGGACGGUUCGGCAAUAUCAUGUUUCGCUUCAUCGAGGGAUAACUUGAAGAUCCUAGUCAAUGUCCUCGUGAGUACCGUGUCGGUGGUGGCAUGUCGCUGUUCACCAUCACAGAAGGCACUGAUCGUUCAGCUGCUAAAAAAAGCAGAUGAUUGUAUCACUUUGGCGAUAGGCGAUGGAGCUAACGAUGUUCCUAUGCUUGAGGUGGCCAACAUCGGUAUUGGAAUCAUUGGGAGCGAAGGAAUGCAGGCCGUGAGAGCCUCAGACUACGCCAUUGCCACAUUCUCUCACCUUGGACAGCUGAUGUUAAUCCACGGCCGAGACUGCUACAACCGUAUUACCCUCGUCAUACUCUAUUCCUUCUUCAAGAACAUCUUUCUGGUAUUGCCGAAUGUAUUUUUCGCCUUGAGCAAUGCGUUCACUGGCACCUCCCUGUACGAUUCCUGGAUCUUGAUGUCUUACAAUGUCUUCUGGACUUCCCUCCCCAUCAUAGUCAUCGGCGCCAUGGAUAUCACCCUGCCACGCUGGGUCGUUGCGAGGUAUCCUAUCGUAUAUGUUGAUGGGAGACAGUCAGUCUCAUUCAAUGCGAGGAAGUUUAUCGCGUGGAUGUUGAGAGCGACUGCCUGUGCUGUAGUCGUCUACGCUUCUGUCGCGGUUGGAAUGAGUUACCCAUCCGGUUCUGGUGGCGCAGUGAUGGGUUAUGCUUGCAUGGGCAACCUUGUCUACUAUUCGGUGGUCGUCGUUGCCAACUUUAUACUGGUCGUUCUCGCUAAUCAUCUAUCUUUUCUCUUUCUAGUUUCCUGCUUCGGAUCCAUGAGCAUUUUCAUACCAUUCUUCUCGAUAUAUUCUCGGGUUGGCCGGCCAUGGUCAGGAGCAACUAAUGUGGCGCAGAUGCUAUGGGAAGGGUCAAUCGUCAGUUGGCUGCUACUCGUCUUUGUGACCGGCGUCGGCGCUUCUACAACUAUACUGGAAAGGCUAUUCACUUACUCGGGACGAACGGCAACUCCAGCGCAGAAGCUGCAACGCUGGCUGGCGGCUGCUCCUCGUCAAUGGCUCAAGCGAGGGCUGUACUACGUCGCUGCGAGGCUCAAGGAUAGCUUUCCUUGCAAGGUGGAUGGUCUCUCACUAUCGUUGGGCGAGAAUCUAGCAGACCAUUCUUUGGAUGAGGGAAUCGCUCUUCGUUCGAAAUCUCAGUCUCUCAGUCUCCAACGAAUGCUCGAACUGAUCCGAGGCCGUUGGGAGGCUGCAUUCAGACGGUCCACAUUGGACGACGAUCGCCCGCAAAUAGUGAGGAGAGUUAAUUCGAGGACAUUGAGAUUCAGGAGUCUUGCCACUGAAUCUAGCUACUUGAGGCACUCACAGGGUGAGGCUGUCAAACAAGCCCGAUUAUCCGUCAAAGCCAUGGUCUUGUAUCAGUUCGCUUGGGGCGUGACUGAAGAGUUGAUUCGGCCAGGAGUAUUUUCCGUGUCUCUCGGCGUAGCCUUGGUCGUUGUUAUCGCGUUUUACUGCUCAACAAGUACACGCUUAUUCCGCUACCAUUCUGACGCUAUGUUAAGCGCCUUGGCAUUCUUCUCGAUGUUGGCAUUUUACGUCAGGAGGAUGGCGACCAUGGUAGAUGAUGCUCACAUUGUCGCUUGGCUCCCUUUCUUCAUAAACAUCAUUAUGCGAAUCCCAUUCCCGAAAGCACUCGCCAUAUCUUCCAUCCAUUCUGUUCUCUUCGUCUUUCUGUACCUUGCAUACGACUUGGAGAUACGUCACAAUUCUGGCGUGCAUACACUCGAACCGCGAGACUGCGGUAUGGUCUACCAUAACAGCUUCUGCCAGCUGAUGGACUAUUUUCCGAUGGUGUUUGGGAUAACGUUGAUGAGCCUAGUUUUUGGUUACGAGAACGAGCUGAACCAGAGAAGCUGCUAUCUGUUCUCACUCAAUUCCAGAACUGAGCAAAGUCGAAGUAGGGAGAUUCUCAACAACAUGCUUCCCGAGUUCGUGGUUGACUCUAUCAUCGACCGAAAUCGAGACCUUGCGGCCCGAAUCGGGGGUGAUGCAGAGUCUUCACACGCGCAGUCAAGGAGGGGCCGCUCGAGCUCCCACAUCCCGGAAGCGGUCUCUGAACUAGAGAUCGAAACCUUCGCUCGGCGCUGUGGAGACGUGACCGUACUGUUCUGCGAUGUGGCCGACUUCCCACAGUUGGUCGCUGCACUGGCACCGAAGCACCUAAUAUUGGUGAUGCAUCGGCUGUUCAGCAACAUCGACAAGUUGGUGUUUGUUCACGCUCUGACUAAGCUCGAAACGGUCUCUGAGUCCUACGUUGUCUGCAGUGGACUCAACCCGGAUGGUGACUCAUCUCAUCAUGCUGUGUCGAAGGAUGCCUUUCGCGCAGUACUUUUGGGCUUGGAUAUAUUGGACAACACCGCUCACAUGAAUGUCUCCGCGGAUGCUGAGGAGUCGGUCUCGAUCUCGACUGAUAAUGCGACGAUGGCCUUGGUUAUGAAGAUCG